CAUACAACAUCCGCGUGGACUGGACCGUCUCCGGCUCCGUCUCCUUGCUCGCGAUUCCCACAGUAUAAAAGGCAGUGCCGCGCUCCCGCUCCGGCCGGCGCACGUCCCGCGGAUCGAUCUCCAUGCCCGCAAUAAGUUGACUCCCUCCACUGCCACCGUCCACCGACGACGACUCUGGCCCACUUGUUCGUCCUCGUCCUCGUCCAGUCCCCCCCACCCCGCGCCUCCCGUGCGCCGAGGCCGAGGCCCACCACUCGUACACCCACGCCCAAAACUAAUCGGGCCGGCCGGCGCCACACCUGCCCAACCACUGUCCCUCCGAUCCCUCCCCUCCCCUCCCCUCCCACUGGUGACCGCGCAGCCAUGGCCGUCGCGAGGCUGCUGGCUGCCCCAUUCCCUCUCGCCCCGUGCCGCGUCCGGAGGCCCCGCCAGGCCUUGCCCCCCGCGCAUGCGGGGCCGCGGCCACGGUCGCUUGUCCUCGUGUUCGCGCCUCCCGAUGCCGGCGCGGCCCGGGGCGCCGUGCCCGCGCGCGCGGCGCCGGAGGACGAGGCCGUGGUCGCCGCCGACAGCGACAGAGGGGACACGGAGGCGGAGGCCGCGCGGGUGGCGGUGGCGGAGCGCGCGGCGCGGAAGCAGUCGGAGCGGCGGACGUACCUGGUGGCCGCGGUCAUGUCCAGCCUCGGGAUCACGUCCAUGGCCGCCGCCGCCGUCUACUACCGCUUCGCCUGGCAAAUGGAGGGAGGCGGCGAGAUCCCGGUGACGGAGAUGGUCGGCACCUUCGCGCUCUCGGUGGGCGCUGCGGUGGGGAUGGAGUUCUGGGCGCGGUGGGCGCACCGGGCGCUGUGGCACGCGUCGCUGUGGCACAUGCACGAGUCCCACCACCGGCCCCGCGACGGGCCCUUCGAGCUCAACGACGUCUUCGCCAUCGUCAACGCCGUCCCGGCCAUGUCCCUCCUCGCCUACGGCUUCUUCAACCGGGGCCUCGUCCCGGGCCUCUGCUUCGGCGCGGGUCUGGGGAUCACGCUGUUCGGGAUGGCCUACAUGUUCGUGCACGACGGCCUCGUCCACCGCCGCUUCCCCGUCGGGCCCAUCGAGAACGUGCCGUACUUCCGGCGUGUCGCCGCCGCCCAUCAGAUACAUCACAUGGACAAGUUCCAGGGCGUGCCCUACGGCCUGUUCCUGGGACCCAAGGAGCUGAAGGAGGUGGGAGGGACUGAGGAGCUGGAGAAGGAGAUCAAGAAGAGGAUCAGGAGGAGGGAGGCCCUAGACGCCAUCCAAUAAGACCUGCUUGCUACACAAUGCUUUGGCUACUGCAUCCCCACUGUUUUUUGCCUCUCAGGCUCUCUCACAUUAAUUAGAUCCUCUAGCAUUUUGUUGUAGCCUUGAUGUAUAUACAAGUGCUAGCGUGUGUUAUGUGUCUUCUUUCCUGUCAGUAGAGGAGCAGAUCGAUGAAUAAUUUCAAGUUAGGUAAACAGGUAGCGGCAGCUAAGCUCUUGCAUGAGUCGUGAUUUGGGACGAGACGGUGGAGCACACUGCUGGUGCUCAUACUGUAGUGGUCCCUGUACUGUACGUAUCGAUUGUACAGUAGCAUCGUGCAUUCAUGCUGCUGACAGUGGCCAUUCCCUCUUUGUUUUUGUCGUUUGAAGAACAGUGGCACUGAAAAAUUAUUCCUCGUGA